AUGCACGGCCGUGUGAAGAAGGAUGUGGUGGAGCCCAGCCCAGAGGAGAAGGAGAAGCAACGCGAGCAGGUGCGCACAGCCCGCGGUCUCUUCGGAAAGCUCCUGGAGCUGAGACAGAACAAAGUCUACAAUGAGCAAGCCUUGGACAUGACGUCCAAGGCCCUCCAGUUCCAUCCCGAGUUCCCAACCCUCUGGGGCUACAGACGCGAGCUCCUCACCAGUGGCAAGAUCAGCAAACCCCUCCGGGAACUCCUGGAAGUGGAGAUGAAGCUCUUGGAGAAGGCACUGCGAAAGUCACAGAAGGUCUACUCGAUCUGGUUCCACCGGAAAUGGGUAAUUGAACACCUGUUCCCAGAGCUGGGAAGUGAUCCUGAAAGUGUCAAGCAGCUCCUGGACACUGAGCUGGACUUGUGUGGUAAGCUCCUGGAGGUGGACGAGCGCAAUUUCCACUGCUGGAACCACCGCAUGCACGUCAUGGGCUUGAUUCGGACCUGGCAGAAGGAUCAAGCAGAGCCAAUGGACCUGGGUUCCAUCGAUCUCAAGCUGAGCACCGACCUCAUCAACCGGAACUUCUCCAACUACUCGGCCUGGCAUUUGCGCACCUUGCUUCAGCAGCGUGCUGGCACGGAGGAGCCCCAAAUGGAGAUCGACAUCCAUCAGGAACUGGAAUGGGUCCAAGAGGGCAUCUUUACGGAGCCAAACGACCAGUCCGUGUGGCUUUAUCAUAACUGGCUUACAACUCUGGCGCGCGGCACCGACACCCCUCGGAUAACACACUGCGUGCGCAUGGACGGCUCCAUCUUCGUGUUCUUCUCGAAGCCCGUCUGCGCCUCUCGUGCCUCCAUCUCCGAAGCCGGCCAGAAGGAGGGAGUAGAGGGGCUCCUUGAGCCGAUCAUCCCUUCAAGGUCUGCCGUGCAACGGACACGGCCUUCUGCGAGGCGUCAACGCCUCUGUGGCCUAGGCUGGCAAUUUAGGACAGAAAGGAUGCCCUGUUCAGAGGAGGUUCGGAUCAAGGUCGCCAUCGAAGUUUUUGGAAGCCUUCCCGACGGCAAGGCAUCUCCUGUGUCCUCUAUGGAGGUUAGCUUCUGUGGUCCCCUGAUUGACCUUUCUGUGUCAUCUAGACUGGUGCUGGAGGCAUUCUUGGGCCAAAAGCUUGAGGAGCAGAGGAGGGAGGUUUUCCAGACAGAGCUCGACAGAAUCAAUGAGCUCCUGGAGAUUGAGCCUGACUGCAGAUGGGCGUUUCUGGCCCAGGCCCGUUUGCAGGAGGGCCUGGCAUCCGGCUGCGCCUCAGAGCAGCAGGACAGUGUCCAAGUGGCUCUCGCAGAGAGCGCAGCACGUGCCAGCACGCUCGACCCCUUGCGUAAGAACUUUUAUUCAGAUGCAGGGGCUGCAGCCCGCGCCCGGCAAAAGGUGCAGGCCUGGCUUGCGGGCCCAGACGCAUACGGAAGCACCCUGGAUUUGGGCAGCCUCUCCAUGCGCCAUCUCAUCCCAGGGAUCGCCACCUUCGCGUUUGGUGUUCGGGUCUUGAACCUGGACGGAAACCAAUUGAGUGAGUUCGGUGCCGUCUUGGGACUGAUCAGCUUGGAGGAUGUCUCCCUGUCCAAGAAUCAAAUCAGGGGGGAUGCGGCGGAAAUCUUUGUGCUGCCAAAGUUGCGACGCGCGAACCUGAGCUGGAACCACUUGGGCCUGCGGGGGCUGAAUGCGCAGCCUCCCAAGAUGCUCCAGUAUGUCGACCUAUCCGGCAUAGAGGGCACCAAGUCUCUUGAUGCUCAAGUUGUAGUGGGGCUGCUGCUUGCAGGAUCCACAGAAGCAGACUGCCAACACUGGACAGCAGAAGUGGUACCGGGCCAGCUUUGUAUCUGCAGGCGGCAGUAG